GGCUCCCUGUGUUAUCUCGAGAGCCGCCAUUACGGAAGCAGUUGCAGCCUCAUUCCUAUCCUAUGUCCAACAUGGCCGCCCCGUAUUAAAAGAAUCACUGAGCGCUAUGAGUGCGUACAGAUUUUAUUGGAAAUGCACUGCAUCGGCUUGCUGCAGAUUUAGAUGGCUGCCAUUUUACCGAUCUUACGAUCAUGACGUUUUAGAAAAAGAGGACCUAUGCUUAUACAGAACAGAAGCUUCUAUCCCUUUGAAACUUGCUUGUAAAUAACGCCUCUGCCAGCUACAUAGGUUGUGGUUAUAAAUUACAUCUUAUUGCUGUAUUCCGUUUGGGAAGCAAAACUGAAACUGUUGAAUCGGUUGAGUGGUUUUUGUUUUUGUUUUUUUGCUACCAAAAGGGAAGGAAUAUGAACUACACUGUCAUUGAGCUAAUAUCAGAUACUUCCCCUGAAGCCUUAUUGAAUGAGCUGCACAAGCUGAGGCUCUUGGGACACCUCUGUGACGUGACCAUACAGGUGGAGCACCAAGGUGUCAUUGAAGAGUUUGAGGCCCACCGGCCAGUACUGGCAGUUGCCAGCAAGUACUUCAAAGAACUGUUUCUUGGUGAGAAAGCUGAGAAUGGGCCUGUGGACAAAGUUUGCUUGCAGGACAUGCAGGCUGCAGAUUUUGCUUCAUUUCUGGAGUUUGUUUAUACUGCUAGAGUGGAGGUUGAAGAAGGCAGAGUUGACAAAAUAUUAGAGGUGGCUAAAGCACUGGAGUGCUCUGACCUGGUGGAAACCUGUAACCAAUUGGAGAAUAUUGUUAGUAGGCCAUCACAUUCUGAUCUGCAGAGUUCACAUGAAACACCAACUGACAGAGCUCCUCCAGAUAUACAAGUCAAAGCAGAAGCCAACUUCCAGCCUGUUUGCUCAGAAGUGUUAAUACAUUUGGAUGCAAGCUGCAAGAGUGGCAUGAAAACCAGUCUGCAGAGUGGAAAACCAGCAGACAAAGCAGAAAGGAAAAAGGAAGCCAGCAAGGCUGUGCAAGCAAAGAGCAGAAGAUCCAGCACACGAUUAGCAGGGCGUAAGGUAUUCGUGGACAUUCCAAAAAAGAAGUACAUGAGGAAGCUAAAGGAAGAGCAAAGGGCUGCAGAACAAACUUCAGAAGUGGAGAGCUGUGCAGUAGAGCAGUCCACCCCUGAUGCAGAAAUGGAAGAGUCACAAAAUGGGGAAGAGGUGGUUCAAGAAACAGGAGUUCAGGCAGAAAGUGCCCAGGAGAAAAACAUCCCUGAUAAUGAAAACCAGGAUGUUGCUGAGAGAGGGUGCAAUGACUGUGACUCUGAGAUGGAAGAGGACCACCCAAAGGAUGUGGAAGAAAGCAACAAGGACAAAAGUGAGAUGUUCAGAUGCGAUACCUGCCAGCGUGAUUUUCAGUAUGAAAAGAGCUACUUGAAGCACAUCCAGUUAAGUCAUGGCAUUAUCCCAGAAAUUAUCUAUCGCUGUGACACCUGCAACCAGACCUUCGCCAAUCGCUGCAACCUAAAAAGCCACCAGAGACAUGUCCACAGCAACGAACGCAACUUCCCCUGUGAUAUCUGCACCAAGAUGUUCAAGAGGAAAAAAGAUGUGAAGAGGCAUGUGCUCCAGGUGCAUGAGGGGGGUGGGGAAAGACACAUGUGUCCACUGUGCGGAAAAAGCUUGAGCUCCAAAACUGCCCUCAAGCUCCAUGAGAGAACUCACACUGGAGAUAAGCCUUAUGAAUGCCCAGAGUGUGAGACCAAGUUCUCCCAGCCCUCUGCGCUAAAGACACAUAGGAGAAUUCAUACCGGGGAGAAACCUUUUAUUUGUGAUGAAUGUGGCGCAAAGUUCACACAAAAUCAUAUGUUAAUAUACCACAAGAGAUGUCAUACAGGGGAGAAACCUUUUAUGUGUGAGAUCUGCGGGAAGAGUUUUGCCUCCAAGGAAUACUUAAAACAUCAUAGCCGAAUCCACACUGGAUCAAAACCGUUUAAAUGUGAUGUCUGUGCCAGAACAUUUGCACAGAGAAACUCACUUCACCAGCACCUGAAAGUGCAUACAGGUGAGAGGCCAUACUGCUGUGAUCAGUGUGGAAAGCAGUUCACUCAGCUCAACGCCCUGCAGCGACAUCAUCGCAUUCACACUGGGGAGAAGCCCUACAUGUGCAGGCUGUGUGGUCGAAAGUUUACGGAUAAAUCCACAGUUAGAAGGCAUACUAUGAUCCAUGAUAAAGAAACACAUUGGAAAAAUUUCCUGGUCAUUCUCGAUAGCAAUUCCAAAAAAGAUCCCAAAAGAAGGAUGAAACAAGGUGACCAAACACAGUUUUCAAAACUACAGGAAGAGUCUUGUUCUGAAAAGAUUGAGGAUACAACUGAAGCAGCCCCAGAAGAAACUAGAAUAGAGCCUGAACAAGUGCCUUCUGCCACUGACUGGAACUCAGCUGGUCCAGCAGCCAUCACUUUGGUCAAUCAGGGAGCCUCUAUAGCCACUGCAUUGAGUGGCUAUACUGUGAUUCACACAGAUGCAGCUCAGCAUCACCUACAGGCAAUGGUAAAUAUAGAGCACAUUGGUGAAACUAAUACUCAAGUGGUAUCGCUGGACAAUCAAGUCGGCAUUACUGUUCCUCUCUGCAUACCUGUCUCGAGUCAUAUUGACAAUAUUUUGACUCCGUCAUCCGCAACUGUGCAGGAUCCAAGCAAUACAGCUGUCCCCAUGCCAUCAGAGGAGCCCCAGCUAACUGUGAUGCAUAAUGUCAGUGUUUAAGCUGUGGAAGGUACAGCUGAUAAUGUAAACAGCAUUCCACCACCAAAAAUGUAAAACAAGGACAUGCAUGACUAACUAUCUUUGUUGCAUUUCUUUUUGCAAACUGAAUGUUAUGAGCAGGAAGACUCAUGUAGCACCUAUUACAGCUGAUUUGUUAUUCAGUGUAAAUAUUCUAAAUUGCUGACUCAAAUCAGUUGAUACAGACUUCCUUUCUGCCUUGAUUUUCACAAGCAGUAUUGGAUAGAUAAUAAUCGCUUAUGGAAUGGUGCUGUUUUUAGAGUUACCAUACCAGAAAGCUCUUGUUUGAGUUUGUCAUCCUACACGUCAAUACAGACAGUGGACAGUUAAUCCUCUCAGAUUUUUAAGCAAGUGGCUCAGUGUACCUUUUAAGUCUCUGCAAACAAAUAUAAUAAUGAGCAGAUGGAUUUGGGUUGAGUAGCAGGUCAGAAAAUAACAUUUAUGCCAGACCAACUUGAGUAUUAAGAUUUCGUAUUGUACUUUCAGAUCAGAAAAAAAAUAUUGCCCCGAUUUUUUUAAAAUAAACUAAAAUGACAUCUUUCACUGUGUUUCAGAUCCAGGUUUGUUGUAUUUUGUAAAUUGAAUUUAGUUAGACAGUUUAAUUAAAAAAAAAAAAAAAAAAAAAAAAAAAAAA